AUGUUUUUCCCCGAGUUACAAAACUGCAAAAUACGUGUUAUACCAUGUUCCAACUCUUCUGUCUUUCAAACCUUUCCCAUUACUUUCAUUUAUUCUGAAAAACGUCUGAAUUCAGAGAGACUUUCAAGAAGGAGAAUCCUAACAACAAGUUUGUCAUUGUGCUUCAGAGCUUCGUCGAGGAUCUUGCAGAAGUAUAACUUCAAAUCUUUCAUUUCACCAAGAAAAUUUCGAGUACUGGCUUUCAAAAUACAUAAAGAAAUGCUUAUAUUUAUUGUUGUUUACAAUGCCAAUAAGUCAAGAUCCAGAGAAUCACUGCAGAAUGAUAGCUUAUCAAAGGAUGAUUUCAAAUCAAUGAUUAGGCAUUGUGUUGGUGGUGGUGGUGGUUUGGAAGCUAUAACAACUAUCAAAGCAAUAACUUCAGGCUGGUUUCAUCCAACCAUUAACCAAGAUUUUGUAGCCAAGAUAUGCCUUCUGACAUCAUUCAGAGAUGCUUGUUUCAUAGAAAUUAUGCCACUGUACCAAACACCACAGUGGGAAGUGUGGUUAAGCUUCUGGUUUGAGGUUCAUUACAAUUCACUUUAUGAAAAUCGAGUUUCAAACACCACUAAUCAUGGUCGUAGAGGAAGUAUUGGUCGUGGCAGAGGCCUAACAUAUAUGGCUAUUCAGUCCCAGCCACCUGACUCUAUGAUGGCGGAUUAUGCAUCUUUAGCCUUAAUUAUUUCCCAAGCCUAA